GUUGUCAUCUUGGAUUGUGACAGGUCAUUCGAACUACUGUCAGAAAUAUGGCGCAGGGACCGAAAAUACCCCAAAGCCCUUUGGAGCUUCUAGACGCGCCCCAGGCCGUUGACAAACCCUUUUUAACGAAAACAUGGGGUCCUGCCAGUUUGGGGGUUUUAGGAUUUGUGGCCGUAAUGGUAGGCAACUACGCUGCGAGACGUCCCAUGUUUAGUGGUAUUCAGUGGCAUAUUAUUGGCGGGGCUGCUGGGGUCGGGAUUGGUUGGAAGAUGGAUGAGAUUAGGAAUCGAUAUUUGGCUGAUAGAGAUGCUGUGUAUCGUCACUACAUUACAUUGCACCCAGAGGACUUCCCUGCCUAUGAAAGGAAGAAGAUUGGAGAUAUGUUCCAACCAUGGAUACCAGUGCGUUAAGGUUGUGUUAUUUAAAUUGUAUAUAAUAGUUUUUUGAAUAAAGAUAAGGUAAAUAAUGCA